UGCACAUUUCGUCCAGUCUGUCCCUGCAAGCAAGGUUGAAAAUGUCUCGCCUGUCUAUACUCGCACUAAUGUGCCUUUUUGCACUGACUACAGAUGCAUUGGCGAAUGGACUGUUUAGUGAAGAUGCCGAAGAUUUCCCCUUUGGCGGGGCGUUGAAAGAUAAACCUGUACUCAAGGCAUUUGUAAUAAAACAACUAGUCGGCAACCCAGCCAGUCUACCUCUUCCUCUCCUGCGAGCACUGGCUACAGGCAAUACUUCUCCAUCAAUAGUGCGAGCACUGAUAGCACGUCGUGUUAUGGAGAGUAACGACGGUGAAAAUCUUCUACCCAAACUAUUGGUAGUUCGCAAAAUUGCAUCCGAACUGGGAAAACAAAUUAUAGAUGAACUGAAAACGAGGAAACAAUCAGAAAGGGUGUACACGUUCGCCAUGGCACCAACUUGUGACUGCGCUCUAGAUUACAUCGGAGAUGAUGGUGCACUGAAAGGUUUUACCAUAGAUCUCAUUGAAGCAGUUUGCAGAGAAGCUGGACAAAACUGUGAAGUACAAUACGAUCCUGAUUCCAAGUGUUUUGCUCAUGAUGAUCAUCACUUUUUACUAGGCGAAGGUCUUAUUUCAAAGCAAUAUGACGCUUGUAUGAAUUGGUUUAAAACAAAAGAUCGUACACACGUAGCAGCAUUUGCGGAACCAUACUGGAAAGUUGAAAACAUAAAUCAUCUGUAUGUACCAAACGGUAACCCGGGUGACUUCGACCCAACUAAUAUUGCUGGAAAAAAAAUUGGCUUUGUUGAUGGAUGGACCGGGGGACAGUCUUGUCUUGAAAACAUAGCUGGUGCAGAUACGAUGACGCCUGUAUAUCUUGUUGAUAGAAGACAACUUUUCAACACAUUGGGAGAAGGAGAGUUGGACGCUGUCUUUAUAAUGGACGGAUAUGCAAAGUAUUAUCUUGAGAAUGGAUACCAGAAGAUCAGCGAAGGCAUCAAGUGUGCAGAGGCAUCCUUUAAUCAUGCUAUUGCCAGGAAAGACAAUGACGUCACCGAAUGGUUCAGUGAAACUUUGAAAGAGAUGAAAGCCAAUGGGAAGUAUUAUGCUUUAUGUCACAAGGCUAAACAAGAUCACGGUUCGAAGGGGCCAAUCAAUUGUAUGGUGGAAGGUGAAGAAGUUAACGCAUUUGCCAAGAUUAAAUGUGGCGAAGGAUGCUGGGUUUAAUAGAAUAACAUUUUCUUCAUAAAACAUUGAAAUAAAAGCAGAAUAACAUUUUCAUCUUCA